CAUACACGUGCAGCCUAAAGCUUUGGGUUUCUUCCAGUCGGUGGGGACAUCAUCCAGGGUUUAUGAUUGGAUUGAUGGCGUAGAGAGCGAGAACGAGGAUACUCUGAAGGACAACGAGUCUGGUGGACAAACUGUGCUGUAAACGUUACUAGAGAUAUGUAUGGAUUUAUUAACACUUGUUUGAAAUCGCUGGUGGUUGAAACGUUUGGCGAGGAGACGUGGGUCAAGCUCAGGGAUGAAGCAGGAGUCCAGGACACUUUCCUGACACAUGAAGUCUACAAAGACGAAAUCACUAUGCAGUUAAUAGCAGAAGCCUGCAAGCUUCUAGGAGUGAAGCCGGAGGUUGUCUUGAGGCAGUUUGGAGUAUACUUCUUUGAGUUCUGCAAACGCUCGGGCUAUGAUCACAUGCUGCGGACACUGGGAGGCAAUUUAGUUGAAUUUACGGAGAACUUGGAUGCACUUCAUAGCUUCCUCUCCCUCUCUUACAAGGAAAUGAAUGCACCAUCAUUUCGGGUGGAGAAGAACCCCGAUAAUACCAUGCUUCUCCACUAUUAUUCAGACCGCAGAGGACUCUGCCAAAUUGUUCCUGGUAUCAUUGGAGCUGUUGCUAAAGAUUUUUUUAACAGUGAGAUAUCGAUGGAGAUUGUCGACCAGCUAGAGGAGCUGGAGAGAACUGGGAAGAAGGAGCAUGUGGUUUUCCUGGUGACACAGUGGCCAGCUGUGGCAGCUGGGUCCAGUGUAGUCAGCAGUAAAACUGGGCCUUUUCCAAGAACCCAAUCCCUCCAGCAGUUGGUAAACCACCAUAAUACCAUGAUCGGGAUUAAAAAGCCUCUUCAUCACAAGAGAUCCAGUGUCAGUUUCUCGGUGCAUAGGAGUCACUGGGACAUAAUUAGGGCGCUGGUUUGCCUCGGAAAAGGCAAACUGCUGAGGGGUUUUGAGCCAGUGUACCCGACAACCCUAAACAUUGAUCUGAAGACUUUCUGCCAUGCUUUCCCUUUUCAUAUAGUCUUCGAUGAGCAGCUGGUGGUGCACCAGGCAGGGGUGAACCUCCAGAGGAUUGUCCCCGGGCUCCAGACGAUGAACAUCCACCUGGACCUUUACUUCAGCAUUAUGCAUCCUGAAGUCACCUUCACCAUCUCCAGCAUCAGGAAGUUCAUCAACAGCCACUUUGUCCUGCAGACACGCAGGGAGAUGAUGCCAGAAGCGUGGAGGGACAGGCCCAUGCUGCAGCUCAGAGGUCAGAUGAUCUGGAUGCCCUCUAUGGACUGCAUGCUCUAUCAAGCUUCUCCUCUGCUGAGAAGCCUCCAAGAGCUGGAGGAGAGGGACAUGCACAUUUCUGACAUUGCACCCCACGACGUCACCCGCGACCUCAUCCUGCUCAAUCAGCAGCGACUGGCCGAGAUGGAGCUGUCCAAUCAGCUGGAGAAGAAGAAAGAGGAGCUCCGCCUCCUGUCUCAGCACCUGGAGGAGGAGAAGAAGAAGACAGAAAUCCUGCUGUACGCCAUGUUGCCCAAACAUGUCGCCAACCAGUUGAAGGAGGGCAAGACAGUGGAAGCAGGAGAAUUUAAACAGUGCACCAUACUGUUCAGUGACGUGGUGACCUUCACUGAUAUCUGCUCCCUGUGUGAACCCAUCCAAAUUGUCCUUAUGCUUAACUCCAUGUACCUCCGAUUCGACCGACUCACAACUGUGCACGAUGUUUACAAGGUUGAGACCAUAGGGGACGCCUAUAUGGUGGUAGGUGGAGUGCCCAUACCUGUUUCCAGCCAUGCUGAGAGGGUGGCCAACUUCGCCCUGGGUAUGAUCUUGGCUGCCAAGGAGGUUAUUAACCCUAUCACAGGAGGACCUAUUCAGAUCCGUGUGGGUCUCCACAGUGGUCCUGUACUGGCAGGUGUAGUUGGGGAGAAGAUGCCUCGCUACUGUCUGUUCGGAGACACAGUCAACACCGCAUCUCGCAUGGAGAGUCAUGGCCUCCCCGACAGGAUCCAUUUGAGUCCAAAUGUCUAUCAGGCUUUGGAGAAUAAAGGCUUUGCUAUCCAGAAGCGAGGGGAGAUCGAGGUGAAGGGGAAGGGCAGAAUGACCACUUACUUUCUUGAAAGGAACAUAAGAGUCAGCAAGCAGCAGAUUAUGGGUCUCUCAGACCUACAGACUGGGACUAGACAGCAGGACAGCCAGAUGAGCUACCACAGACCAGAUUUUCAGAGGCAGCGCAGUGAUGACCUUUGCUUGAUCCCUAUGAAAUAUGGAGAUAGCCAGAGUGAACCACCACCGUCAUCACAUAUGUAUGAAGCCCAGACCUGCCCAUUCCUCAAGCCCAAAUACUCAGAGAGCUACGGAAGCCUGCACACCAAUCUAUCAGAGGAGGGAGCUUUAGACCGGUUAAAAUAUACAGAUGUAUUUGGCGCAACAGAAGUCAAAUUCACAGAAACAAAUAUGGAUGGCGUAGACAGAGACAACCAUGUGGACACAGAGGAACAACAGUUGAUUACUAGUGCUGUGGAAACCAACACUCAAAGCAAACACACCCGAACCAACUUCUGUGUGGUGUUGUGAGCUGGUAAUUGUAAUUACUUGCUGAAUGGCUGAUUGACUAUAAAUGAUUUAUCAACCAUGGUGCAGCGUAUUUUACAUGUACCACUGACAAAACAGUUUUCUUAUGGUAUCAUUUUCGCUAUGUAUUACAUCAGCGAGCUAUUCUCCGCACUGUUUUGCCUUAAGCAAAAGCCUGACACAUUGUACGUAGCAGAUCAAAUAUAUAUUAAGUUGACAGUGUAUGCUUCCCUUGUA